AUGCAUCUCAUUCCCAGAGAGGUGGACAAGCUUGUGAUCUCGCAGCUCGGAUUCGUGGCGCAGCGACGGCUGGCGCGCGGGUUGCGGCUGAACCACGGCGAGGCAGUGGCGCUGAUUGCGAGCAACCUGCAGGAGCUGAUCCGCGACGGACGACACAGCGUGGCAGACCUGAUGGCGAUAGGGGCGACGAUGCUGGGACGGCGCCACGUGCUGCCGUCGGUGUGCUCGACGCUGCGCGAGAUCCAGGUGGAAGGCACGUUCCCGAGCGGGACGUACCUGGUGACGGUACACGACCCGAUCAAGACAGACGACGGCGACCUGGCCCAGGCGCUGUACGGGAGCUUUUUGCCGGUGCCAGACGCGAGCCUGUUUCCGCCACAAGCAGCGGAGGAGUACGAGGCAGCGGCACAGCCGGGCGCGGUGGUGGUGGUGCGGCAGCAGGCGGGCGAGACGACGAAAGCGCUGCCGAUGCUGCGGCUGAACGAAGGCCGAGCACGAGUCCGACUGGCGGUGACCAACGGCGGCGACCGACCGGUGCAGGUGGGCAGCCACUACCACUUUAUCGAGACGAACGCACAGCUGCAGUUUGACCGGCUGGCAGCGUACGGGUUCCGGCUGGACAUUCCGGCCGGCACGUCGGUACGAUUUGAGCCAGGCGACACGCGCACGGUCACGCUGGUGGCCAUUGGCGGAAAGCGGGUAAUUCGCGGCGGCAACAACCUGGCGUCGGGGCCAGUGGACCUGUCGCGGGCCGAGGCCAUCGUGGCGAAGCUGCAGGAGGCUGGAUUCGCCCACGCCGGCGGGACGGCCGAGCCGCUGGGCGACCUGGGCACGACGGUCUUGGAUGGGGCACAGAUGAGCCGGGCAGCAUACGCGGCCAUGUUUGGGCCGACGACGGGCGACCUCGUGCGGCUGGGCGCGACAGCGCUGUGGGUGCAGGUAGAGCAGGACCUGACGGCAGCACACGGCCGCGGCGACGAGUGCAAGUUUGGCGGCGGCAAGACGCUGCGCGAGGGCAUGGGCCAGGCAUCCGGACGGGCCGACGCCGAUUGUCUGGACCUGGUGGUGACCAACGCACUGGUGCUGGACUGGACGGGCAUCUUCAAGGCCGACAUUGGCAUCAAGGGCGGCGUGAUCGUGGGUCUGGGCAAGGCUGGCAACCCGGACGUGAUGGACGUGUCGCCGGCCUGCAUGGUUGUCGGCAGCUGCACAGACGUGGUGGCGGCCGAGGGACGGAUCGUGACGGCCGGCGCGGUCGACACGCACAUCCACCUGAUCUGUCCGCAGCAGGCACAAGAGGCGCUGGCGGCCGGGGUGACGACGCUUUUGGGCGGCGGUACGGGGCCGAGCGCGGGCACCUCGGCGACGACGUGCACGCCGGGCGGACACUACAUCCAGCAGAUGCUGCAGGCCGUCGACGGACUGCCGGUCAACGUGGGGAUCACGGGCAAGGGCAACGACAGCGACGAACGGGCACUGCGCGAGCAGGUAGCAGCAGGUGCAUGCGGGCUGAAGCUGCACGAGGACUGGGGCUCGACGCCGGCAGCGAUCGACGCAUGUCUGCGGGUAUGCGAGGAGACGGACGUGCAGUGUCUGAUCCACACGGACACGCUCAACGAGAGCGGUUUUGUCGAGAGCACGGUGGCGGCGAUCGGCGGCCGGACCAUCCACACGUACCACACCGAAGGAGCCGGCGGCGGCCACGCGCCCGACAUUAUCAGCGUGGUCGGGCUGGCCAACGUGCUGCCGUCGAGCACGAAUCCGACGCGGCCGUACACGCGCAACACGCUGGACGAGCACCUGGACAUGUUGAUGGUGUGCCACCACCUGUCGCGGGCCAUUCCCGAAGACGUGGCCUUUGCCGAGUCGCGCAUCCGGGCCGAGACCAUCGCGGCCGAGGACGUGCUGCACGACCUGGGUGCCAUCAGCAUGCUGAGCAGCGACUCGCAGGCCAUGGGUCGCUGUGGUGAGGUUGUGCUGCGCACCUGGAACACGGCUCACAAAAAUCGCCUGCAGCGCGGCCGCCUGCCCGAGGAUGCCGCCACCGAUGCCGACAACUUUCGUGCCCGCCGCUACGUCGCCAAGUACACGGUCAAUCCGGCCGUCGCCCAGGGCAUGGCUCAUCUCGUCGGCAGCGUCGAGACCGGCCGCCUCGCCGACCUCGCCGUCUGGGAUCCCGCCUGGUUCGGCGUCAAGCCGGCGCUCGUCCUCAAGAGCGGCCUCAUCGCCUGGGCCCAUAUCGGCGACCCCAACGCUUCCAUUCCCACCGUUCAGCCCGUCCUUGGUCGCCCCAUGUUCGCUCCCCUCGUCCCGGCCGCCUCCGUCGCCUUUGUCAGCCAGGCCAGCAUCGACAACGGCCGCGUCGCCUCCUACGGCCUUCGCAAACGCGUCGAACCCGUCCGCCGCUGCCGCGCCCUCACCAAGAACGACAUGCGCCUCAACGACGCCCGUCCCGAUGUCAAGGUCGACCCGGAGGCGUACACCGUCUUGGCCGAUGGCCAGCCGUGCAUGGCUGCUCCGAGUGAGACCUUGCCGCUGACUCAGCAGUAUUUCGUGUACUAG